AUGGUAGCGGCAGUAACGAAGUCCCAACCCAGGGGCUUCUAUGUUCAGGACAGCAUCUCCGGCCUCAGGAUGCUGGUUGACACUGGUGACAAGCCGUCAUUGUUUCCGUCGUCUGCAGAGGAUUGCAGCCGCGCCCCCGAUGACCCGACCGUUCUCGUAGCUGCAAACGGGACCCCCAUCCGCACCUAUGGCACCAGGGCCCAGACCAUCGCAUUCCUGGGCAGGACCUACACCUGGCCCUUCGUCCUCGCUGACGUACGGAUCCCUCUCCUGGGAGCGGACUUCCUUGCCCACCAUGGCCUCUUGGUGGACAUGGCCUGCCAGUGCCUUCUCGAUACUGAGACCUGCCUCUCCCGCCCACUUGCCGGAGGACCAAGGGCGCCCACCAUCUGUUCUGACCUUCCCCACCACAGAUACGCCUUCCUUCUCCAGGAGUUUCUGGACGUCUUCCGCCUCGAGCUUGGCCAGGGGGCUGGGGCCGCACCCAAGCAUGGUGUCUUCCACCAUAUUGAGACCAAGGGCCCCCCGACACACGCCAAGUUCCGCCACCUCCUGCUGAAGCUCCUCCAGGAAGCCAUGACCGUGUUCAAAGAAAUGGAGAAGAUGGGGAUCUGUAAAUAG